CUUGAGUAACGCGGCUUAGACAACCGUAAUCGCGCCAUGGAUCCUGCUGUUAUUUCCGCACUUCAUUGUCUUGAAAAUGAUCAACAUGAACAACUUGAUUUUGAAGAUGAAAAUCUGCCAGUUAAUCCGUGGGAAACAGAACUACUUUCUUUGAAGAAGAAUAAUAAAAGAGAGUAUCGCGAAAGUUCAGCUUCCUCUUCAAGCUCAGAAAGUUCCGGAUCGAGUCCUUACGAUGAAGGUGAAAUGAGAAGUAGCGAUGAAUCGGAAUUCAGCAAGGACGAUCAGAGUUCUGAAGAAGGAGAAGUACAGUCUGAGAUUGAUGAGAUCGAAGGAACAGCAGAUGUAGUUAAAAAGGACGAAACACCUUGGGAACGUGGUCUCCGUCUGGCACGUGAACGUUUAGAACGUGCCAGAGCGUUAAAAGCUAAAGAAAAAGAUCUUGUUGAAAAGCGUAUGAAUUUACCAGUGCCAGCACCAGUGAUCGAUAAAAAAAUCGAUACUCUAUUAGAAGAUGAUUUUUUAUGGCCUUGUUAUUAUCAAGCAUGUAUUAUUGGACGCACUGAACUAACUGGUCACCGAUAUCUUCCAGAGGAUAUUCUUCCUCCAAGUGCAAAAGAGACAGCGGAGUGGCGAAGGCGAGUUACAAAACAUCGUCAUGGACGUCAAUAUCGACGUCGAAGCGCUAGCCAACGUUUCUCUUCUGCAUCGUCAUCAUCUUCAGUCUCAUCUUCGUCACGAAGCUCUUCUCGCAGUUCUGCUGCGUCGUCAGAUAUUUCCUCUUUAGCAUCUGUCGCAGUAUCAUGGAAAGAAACUUGUGCUAAAGCUAUGAAGCCUUACUUAAGAUCACCUAGACGUCACAGAAAAUAUGGUAGCAGACAUUCUUCUGCUAGUAAUUCUCGCUCAUCCGAUUCCGACUCAGGGUCUGGUCGUUCUCGUUCUUCUUAUCCUACUGCAGCGAGCGGUGCGAGAUCUGCUGCUAUGAAUGAUCGUGGCCGCAGCUACUGGGGAGCUGGAAAACAUCGAGGUAGAAAUAUAGAAUCUGGCAAUUCGUCUGCGUCAAGAUCAGGUUCUAAGUCUUCGGCAGGAUCUCGUGGUCGUACUAGCGGUGGUAAUCAAACCUGGUUCGGAGGCCCCGGUGGAGGACGUGGCGGAGAUUUAAAGUCGAAAACUGGUCGACGAUCAAAAUCGCCUAUCACUUCACCACCUCGACGACGCACAGAUGUGCCACCACUUCCAAAUGAAAGACCAGUAAAACGACCAUGGGUUAUAGCACCAUCACUUGCAAAUGCAACGGCAGCAGCAGCAACACAAAAUGCUUCAAAAGGUAAUAAUGAUCCUUAUUACUGUGUAAUUUUAACAAUUGCGUUUCUUUUGGAGUUUUGGAACAGUGUGUUAGUGAAAAGUAUACUAUACAAAUUUUAA